UAGUGGAGAAAUGAACGAUAGCUUACUGUCAACAAAUGGUUUGUCAGGUCAAUCUCGAUGAAAUCUUUCAUUCUCGGUGAUGUUCUACAGGCAAGACUCCUGGGUUGACUUAAUAUGAUCUCUUGCUGAGAAUGCCCAUCCAGGCGCCGCAGUGGACCGAAUUUCUGUCUUGUCCCGUCUGCUGUCAUGAAUUUGAUGCCCAAAACCGCCCACCCAUCAAUUUGGCAUGCUCCCAUACCAUCUGCCGAACAUGCCUCACCAACCUGCACCGCAAGCAGUGUCCGUUCGAUCAGAUUGCUGUCAACGCCAACAUCGAAGACUUACCAGUCAACACUGCAAUUCUGCAACUGGGUGGUGCUGACAUCUCGGAAUGUGAUCCAUGCGUAAAGAAACUAUCCGGAGAGGAUCUAAAGUACUAUCUUGCAGCCAAAAAAUGUGUGGAGGAGUUGGCAGUCUAUUUGAAACCAUUCUGUUAUGGGAACAACACUACUUGUGGGACGCUCUCUCGACCAAUGCAGCGGAAGCUGGUUGCUCUCAUCAGCUGUCAGCUCUUGUUGCAAGAUGGGCGUGUCAGGGCAUUGCGGGCAGCACGCUCGAUUGGAGAACGCUCAGUUACAGACCUCAUCUUACAGCAUCAAAAUCCGCAGCAGCUGUCAGCUAAUUUGUGGGCGGCUGUCAGAGCCAGAGGAUGCCAGUUCCUUGGACCAGCAAUGCAAGAAGAAGUGCUGCGUUUAGUCCUACUUGCACUGGAAGAUGGCUCAGCACUCUCACGGAAGGUCCUAGUGAUGUUCGUCGUGCAAAGACUGGAGCCCCAUUUUCCGCAAGCCUCCAAAACAUCGAUUGGGCAUGUGGUGCAACUACUGUACCGAGCAUCUUGCUUCAAGGUCUCGAAACGCGAUGGGGAUUCCUCCCUCAUGCAGCUCAAAGAUGAGUUCCGGACUUAUGACGCUCUGCGGCGGGAGCACGAUGCUCAAAUUGUGGAGAUCGCCACCGAAGCUGGCCUUCGAAUUGCCCCGGACCAGUGGUCAGCUUUACUGUACGGCGAUGCGGCGCACAAAUCCCAUAUGCAGAGCAUCAUUGAUAAACUUCAGUCUCCUCAGUCAUUUGUUCAGUCGGUUCAAGAGCUGAUAAUUGCGCUGCAACGAACAGGUGACCCAGGGAACUUAUCUUCCCUGCGGCCGCAUCUUCAAGUUUUGGCAUCCCUUGACCCUAGCCCUGAGAACAACUCUUGUGAAUGGAGCUUGCUGUGCAGUGCUCUGGAAAGCACGCUGGCGGUCGUAGCCGGGCUGUCGGAAUUUGUUCGUAACCACGGAAACCGGAAGGCAAAUGAGCAGCAGGCCUCGCCAGCAGCUGUUCACGCUGGCAAGUACAAAGUGAGCCUGUGUCGGGAUCUAUCCCUUCGUGGCUCAUGUCCGAGAGGCGAUAACUGUACGUUUGCGCACUCAGAGGAUGAGCUUGACAAGUAUAGGACAAAACACAAAAAACCAUUUCUACGAAGCUCUGGGGGCGCUAAAGAUGAAGACUUUGGUAUUAAUAAUUUCUCUUUUAGUAAUGAAGUGGGAGGUAUGAUAAGGAAUGAAGGGACUAAUUUUGUCAUGAAUAAUCCUCCGCCUUCGGAUCAACUUCCUUCAUACUUAUCAGAAGUUUACAGUCAUAGUGUGACCCCCCACAGUGUGGUUGUGAGCAGUCCAGGGGAGCAAGUAUACCUGCCCCGUGUGGACUAUGGAACACCAGCUCCAUUAACGGAGCACUUACCAAUCGAACACGCUCGCCAGCAACUUACUCGGACAAAACCAGUCAUGUCCAGCUCACCAACGCCAGCUAAGGUGCAAAAGGUCUCCUCUGAAAAUUUAAUGGGUCUUCAGACGCGACAGACACAACCUGUCAGUGAACAGUUUAUCUCCAAAUGUAGAGAAGUCCCAAUAUACUCCACACAAGAUUUUACUGGACUUUCUCAUCCGCAACGACACCUGUAUUACCGUACAACUUCAGGUGGUGACGAUGAGUUUGUGCCGUUUGAUCCUCCGAUUGUAAGCAAGUAUGGGCCGAUCUCGCGUUCGGUGAAUCCAACACAGUCAUUUCAUAGCAUGUCGGAUACUGCUACGGGUUCAACACAAGGACUGAGGAGUCCUGUUGCAUCUUGGUAUUUCAAUCCUCCCCACGGUUUGCCAGCUGCUGCGCACAUCCUUCCACCACCACCAGGAGGAGUUGCUGAAAGUUACAUCACAAUAGGACAUCACCCAAUUUUUGACGCUCCUCAUCUAUUCAUAGGAAACGUACAAGAUAAUUUGCCCAAAGAUUUGAGAGUCGAAUCACAGAAAGUCAAGAAUCAGCUCCGCAACCUAGAAAAAAUGAUCACAGAUUUAAAACUAGCUACACAAGGAGGAGCCAUGAAUGAUCGAGAGACGCUCAAUCAAGAGCUUCAAUUAAUUGAACAAGGAAUCAAGGAAAAAGAGAAAGAAUUAAGACUGAACAAGUACGUAUCAAGUGCUUGUGGCUUUACUAGUCAUGCUUGGCAGGAAAAUGCUAUAUCCCCUUCAAAUUUUCUCAGGGACGAUGAAGAUACGUAUGAGAAAGGGAUCGCAGAUGACAUGAGGGAGCUAGAGCUUCGAUGGGCUUUUGAACUUGAGGAACAGGAAAAACAGUGGACGCACCAGGAACCUUCAUCCACAAAAAAGUAGCACCUUAUUUCUAGGUGUUUCUUCUAGAGCAUGUUUCCAAUAAUAGGCAACAACCUCAACAGUCUGUUUCGAACCUCUGAAUCAGCGUAAUUUCUUGCACUUUUGUCAAAGUGCAUGGUCAAUCCUCUCUUGUAGUGUAAGUGCCUGAAUACGUAACCGUUUUAUCUAACACUUCUAAUCAAUUAUUUUUUCAAUUUCGUAAAUUUACCCCUUUUCCCUCAGGAUCCCGCAGGGGAAAGAAAUAUCGCUUGAUUGUUUCUCAACUUUAUAAUUCUUUAUGUAGACCCAUUCAGUACAUAGAUUACUAUUUUUGAAAGGUUUUCAUGUCUAGUUUAUUGUGAUUUUAAAAUUGAUGGUAGAUUUCUCGUUGUGAUAGAUUCUGACUAAAGGGCUCUUCACUUCCUCAAGUAAUAAUAGCAAUGGCGUGGCGUGCUUUGCGAUAUAUUGAUUGAUCUACCAUUUAAACCUAUGGAAAAGGAUCAAUAAGUAGGGUGUUUGCAACGAACACUUUAAUAAUCGAUUCUUUGCUGUAGCUUCAAAUUGAGAAAUUUCUAUAAUCGAUCAUUCACACUUCGCCACUGAAUAAUAGGGCCUCCCCCUUGAAUAGGUCGUGUAGUUGCUCCUACACAAAUCGCAUGGUUCGUGCAGCCUUGAAAAUGCUUUAUCCUGAAAUUUUUUCAAGGCCUCAAGAGAGCUUGAUUUUCUGGGAAUGUCAUGCAAAAAGUCUUGAAAAUUCUUCAAAAAGUAUUUGAAUUUCAAUUCUUGAGGCUGUAUGAACCAUGAACUGAAACAAAUUUUACUAGUAUUAUCCAUUGCUGAAUUUCUUUGAAAUCAAAUAUGAAUUUUUGUCUCCAACCGGUUAAGAAUGAUUCUAGUUUUAAAAUUUCUUCCUGUUCUCCAAAAUUUCAGUUGUAUUCUGAAUUUUUAAACAUCUCAAUGCAAACACUUUCAAAGUUUUCUGAUUUUAAUUCAUUAAUCUUAGGAUUGGAUCUACAAUUAGGAUAAAUAUUGAAAAUUUGGAGGAUCAGAGAAAAUGACCUAAGAGUCAGUAGAAAAAUGAAUUUACAGCAUUGGUGAAUAUUCCGUCAGAUAGCUUCAGCUUGACCGUUGACCAGAUCUGAAAAUCUUGGUAUUACUUUUUAUCAUUCUAUAUUUUCCCAAAAGUCAGGGAAUUUUCUCAAAAUUGGUCCGGAAAAACCGUGAAAAGUCAGAAAACUCUAAUUCUAAAUCUCUGUGGCCAUCCUAUGGCUUAACCUUAACUCCUUGUGGAGCAUUUGAACAGUUUUCCUCAGUCGAGAACCCUUUUGUCAGAAUCAACAAUUUAUCUGUUUUUGUUAACUGUUUCAAUUGAAUUUUGUAUCGACUUCUAUUUUAGAUCAAUUUAGGAAUUAGCCUUUCAGUGAUGAAGAACCAUUAGUUCUGGCCUAUUCUAUUCCUUAUGGGUUCUCAUUUUAUAUUGGUUUUGGUAUUAUCAAAGAAUAUUUCCCUUCAUUGAAUAGGAAUUACAACUCAGAUUUUUUUUGCCCUGUCCUACAAAUGGACUGCAUUUUGCAAUUUGGAACUAAAAAUUCUGGCCCGGUUUAAAAACAACAUAUGUACCAUUGGUUUCCCUAUGCUCAUAAGAGUUUAUUCAGAUGAGCCAGAAUCUAUAGUUCCAAAUUGCAAAAUGCAUUCCAAAUAACGUACCAUAAAAGUAAAUAACCUCUGCGACAAUAAGCCCGAUGGAAAAGAUCGUAGAGAGACAGCAGCUGUUUAUCCGUUUGCACUGCUAUACAUGCUAUACACUUCUUCAUUCCUUUUUCUUGAACCCUCUUCGCUUACAACCCAGCGUUCACUCUUUUCCUACCUAUUACUGGUUGUACACUUAAUAUGGCUGUCAAAUUUGAAACGGCUACAGCCCUCUAUUUUUUCCAUUUGAACUGAAAUUUGUUAGUUUGUUUCCUGAAAUGUUCCAUAAUUUUUUCUCCAAAGAAUUCAUUUUUCAACUAAUUCUUCCAAGACGAUUGUGGACCAAAAUUUUAAAAACCCAAGUUAAUACACGAAGGAAAAUUUGUGAUCAAAAUUUGUUAACUUGUAAGUGUUAAAAAAUGUAAUUAGUACGGUUUCAACGCAACCCUAAUUUUACAUUUUUCAAUGAUCUGUGUCCGGAGGAAAGCAUAUCCUGUCAAAAGCCAGUCAAAGAAGUUCUUUAGUCUCUUGACGUCUUGGAGGAAUCUUCCACAACCAUCCUUAUCUCUGCACUUGACAAACCUCUGAGUUUUUAACGCUUUUUUUUAAAAAAAAAAUUCAAAGAGAUUACCUAUCUUUUAUCAUAUUUAUGUGUUAUUUAUUCAUUUUUCUCAAUGGAAUGUAGUCAGGUAUUUUUCUUAGGUAUAUAUCUUCUGUCAUUAUUAUUCUAUCAAUGCAUUAAAAAUUCGCCAAAUCUUCUUGCAAUUGCCGAAACUUGAGACCUGGCUUUUAUGGAAUUUUUCUAAUGAUCGAAAUGUGGCUCCAGUCCUAAUCCAAAUAUCAGUGUUUGUUUAGUGGCUAUUAUUUUUCUAUUCAUAGUCUAAUUUUUUACAUUCAUAGGUAUAUUUUUUAAAAAAAAAACUUCAAAAUAUUCUAUUUUAGUUGGUACUUUACUUGUUGGGUAGUCAUAUUAUAUUUUUGGAAAAAUCCGAAAUCAGAGUUUGUCGGAAUGUCAAGAUUUUUCUAUGCUUCUAGUUAAAUUAUAUCUGAGCAUCUGCUAUCUAGACAAUUUAGUUUUGCUUUUAAAAAUGUUAAAUAUGUCAAAACUUUAAACAAAUUCAUGGGUUGACAUUCGUAAUGUCUGCAAGCAAAGAGGAACAAAAUGGAUGGCAGUGCCUCAAAAUUUCCAAUGGUGUUUUAUUUUUUGGAGGGAAGCCUAUCAAUAUUUUAUCUUAAAAUUUAAGAAGACACCAGUCAUAGAAUGAUAGAAAUCUCACGAAUAAUUUCAAGUAAUAUCUGCGGUUAAUUUCAUUUUAGAAAUAAAAGUUUCGAAGAAAUUUUGCCAAGCUCUAAUGCAAACCUUUGCGAAGGCUUUCUGCUUGGAAAAAACCAACUUCAUUCAUAUAUCGAUGAAUUAUUCAAGAAAAAGAAUUUGCAGUAGGCUUUGUGGCCAUGAAUUACAAUUUAAGGUUCUCUCCUAAUUCUAUUUUUAGUUCCUUUUAUUGUACCGUAUCAGUCUCAAAUAGUCUCAAGUCUUAAUUUUACCUUACCAAAAUUGACUUUGAAAGUUAAAUUAGUUUUGUCACACAGAGUAAAACUCAAAAUCUGUCUUAAUUCGAAAAUAGGUACCUCAAAUGUGUCAGAAUCAGAUGUGCAGAAAAUGUGCACUUGGUGCAGUCACCUUUGUUCAUAGAUGUUGUAGUCUGUUUAAAUUUCUAUAUGCCAAGAAAUUUUGCGAAGAAAUGUAGAAUGUACAAUCUUGUACUGUGCUGGGAAGUCAACGACAAAUUUCCCAUUUUAAGGCAGUCAACUUAUUUUGUCCGAUGUGAGCAUGUUAAAAUGUUAAGUUCCUAGCAAUUUUUGGAUUUUCCCUACUUACAAAGUCCUAGUGCACCAAUUGAAACUGUUUUGAACCAUAAUAUAAAGAAAAAUAUUCAAAAAUUAUGUAAAAAUAGUCUAAAAUUGAUCUUGAACAAAUCUCCUUCCUAUGUGAUCUUUCUCGUCUUUUAAGUAAGAGCGUACUGUCCAAAUUUUUCUCUAAUGCAUGAACUUCCGACUAAAAUUAAACAAAUAGAAAGUUCAUCAAUAAAAACAUCAAAAAUUAGGCUAUGUUAGUUGUUAGAAAAACUCACAGUUGUUAUGGACAACUUGAUAUCUUGAAUUUUUCUGUUGGAGUUCCAAAAAAUAUUUGUCUAACUGGGAAAAUUUUUCACUUACUAAUCGUCGAAUUUUCCAAAAACCCUAGGUUUUUAAAAAGUUCAAAAAUUGCAAACAUAUAAGAAGAAAGUAAAACAAAUUGUAGCGCAGUUGAAGUUUUUUCUUUCCACAUUACCAGUCUUUAAUAAAAAAACUAAAAAAUAGGAAAUCUCAAAGUUGUUUUCUUAUGUAUCGUAAAUGUAGCAUUACAAAUUUUAUUUUUGUAUUCGAUUUUGUUUGCCAAAGAGUGUUUCCUUCUUUGAAUGAAUUUACCGGAAUUGCAUGAUGUGAGGCAAUUUUUAUGAAAGUUAAUUUUUCAAUGUGUUCUAACCUUUUGUAUCAACGCUUCUUAAUUUGAAUUGUGGGCUUCGCUCGAUAUCUUGAAAAUUGUUAACGGUGAAAGCUCUAUCCAGAAUAUCCCAGCAUUUUCGAAUCGGGUUUGUGGUUUUUUUUAAAUUCAAUUGCUCAGAAGGACCUGUAUCCACGUGUAUGUGCAUUUGCAUACUAUCUAUUUUUGCUGCAAAUAUUGUUAUUGUGCUAAUGUUUUUAAUUUUUCAAUUUUAUUUUUUUCUCUUUUUUUUCAAAUUUCCGUCUGUGUUAUUAUUGCAAAAAUUUAAAGGGAGACUAAGUAGUCCUUAGAAUUUCGACCCAUGAAUAAGCAGAAUAUUAUCCAAGUUGCUCUUGUCGGAAAGCUCUUCGGUUACCCUAUGUUACAGAUGAGAGCAAUAAAAUUCUCAGGUUUGCAUUGAUACGGCAAAGAACAGUAAGUCAUCAUUGCCAGAUAGUGUCGAAAAAUCAGCACUGUUCUUCAGCACUUUUCCCCAUUUAAAAUAUUCCUAUUUUAUUGCUCCACCUGGCAGCCUUGCAGUAAGUAUAUUUCUGUAUGAGCCACGGUUAGCAAAUGCUCUUAAGUGUCUCAAGGCUCAUCCUAGAAUGCACUUACUGCAAGGUU